AAAAAUUUAUUGCAUGUGCCAGGAUCGAAGACGACAAAACCACCAAACGGCACGUACUCCAGGACGGUUGUGCGCAGGGAGCGAUCAUCGCCGUCCACACACUGCGAUCCAUCGGCAUCCGGAGGGUGAGGAGAACAGUGCAUGAGAACAUGGUGGGUGACUAAAAAUGGAUCCCAAUACUUCGUACCUGCAUCGUGCUCCAGAGUUUUCGUGGCUAGUCCAUCUGCACGACGAAUGGGCUUUCAAAAGGCGACGUCAACUGCAUUCCCUGGGACCAACAGAUACUGCAUGACCCUGUAGACUCCCAAAGAAAAAAUCCUCUGGACUUUUUAUUCUACGCCCCAGUCCAGUGAAUUUCUUCUAGAAUUUCCCAUUAUUGCCCCUUCAUCCAAUUUACUCCCUCAUCCAUCCACUGCUUCUUCCUGUAUCAUACCUUUCAUCUCGCUGUCAGUCCUUCGUUACCAUCAUGCGCUUCAGCACAUUCGUUGCCCCAGCGGCUCUCUUUACUUCUGCCUAUGCCCAGAUAAAGGGCUACAACUAUGGCUCCACCAAUCCAGACGGCUCUCCGCGUGUGCAGUCACAGUGGGCUGAUGCUUUCAAUACCGCAAAGGCUGUUGUUGGGACCUCCGGCUUCACCAGCGCGCGUCUAUACACCAUGAUCCAAUCAGGCACCACAAACACCCCCAUCGAGGCUAUUCCUGCCGCGAUUUCUACCGGGACCACACUUCUGCUCGGCCUAUGGGCUUCGGCUGGUGCGGACGCCAUGAACAAUGAAAUCGCCGCACUCCAGGCGGCUGUGAAUCAGUAUGGAACCGCUUUCACAGAUCUCGUUGUCGGCAUUUCCGUUGGCAGCGAAGAUUUGUACCGCAUCUCGCCAACGGGUAUCGACAACCUGUCUGGUCCAGGCGUAGGUCCGGAUGUCAUUGCUAGCUACAUCUCUCAAGUCCGUGCCGCCAUCGCCAACACGGCCCUGAACGGCAAGCCAGUCGGCCAUGUGGAUACGUGGACUGCAUGGGUGAACUCGUCAAACAGUGCGGCUCUGGAAGCCUCCGACUUUCUAGGCACAGAUGCUUAUCCGUAUUACGAGACGACGAACGGUAACGACAUCUCAAACGCACUGAACCUAUUCAACUCUGCUCUUAGCCAAGUCAAUGCCGUCAGUCAGGGAAAGCCAGUCUGGGUUACCGAGACCGGCUGGCCAACCACUGGCGAGACCCUUGCUCAAGCAGUUCCCAGCACUGAAAAUGCGAAGACAUAUUGGGAUGAGGUUGGGUGCGGCGUUCUUUUCGGAAAGAUCAACACGUGGUGGUUCACGCUCGAAGAUCCAAACUUUGGUGUCGUCGGAGACAGUUUGACAACAACUCCACUAUACGACCUCACAUGUCCAGCAUCAUCGUCAGUAGCAACCUCUUCAUUUCACUCUACCCUCACAAACAAAUGGGCUGUCUCAACAGGCCCGGCAAGUAAUGCUUUGACUGCACCAACUUCCCUCUCUUCGUUGCCUUCGACUCUCGGUCAAACCAAUCCAAAAUCUUGUCCACGAUUACCAGUUUCUGACAAAACAAGCAGAAAGCGUCGAAGCGUCAGCUUCAACGCGUAAUAUUACCACCUAGACGACUACUUGGGCUAGUACAGUUCCAGACUCUUCUCACACUUUCGGAAAAUGUCCCUCGGAAGCUCUCUAUGUCACUCAAGACAUGAUAAUGUCCAUAAUGGAAAAUUGUCAAAGGAAUACUUCUCCAGAGGUGAAUGAUAAUGCCCACGUCUCUAACACACCCUCUAUAUACUUCCUUCCAAUGCCCCGGUCACAGAUCCUUGAAUUAUUGCCAUUCCCGGACGGAAUCGCUUUUUUCGCCGGAGAGCUCGUUUGUCAUACCUCUCGAUGGUCCAGUUCCAUUGUUGACAAUGCGGCUCUCCCACGACAGGACCUUUGGUUGCUGCAGUGGCGGAAAAGUCAAUUGAAUCGUGGAAUAGAGUUCCGAAAGUGGCCAUUGUAAUACACCAUGAUCGGGAGUGCUUUCUCGAGGCUACAGGCGGUCUAAACGUAAUGUCAACCUUCAGAAGAGAAGUGAGUCUGUGGUGGUCGCAUGGCUAGGGAGCGAAAGAAGAUAUCAAGCGGGGCAUGAAAGGGUCUGCUGCUGUGCUCAAUCUGGGUGGUUUAAAAUUGAUCAUUGUCAAUAUUGUGCGUGCACACAUGUAUUUACGACAUCCCAAAAAAAUAUUUUUGUGUAAAAACAACGUAGUUUCUAUAGAUUGGGUACGACUGGUGCGAAACUCGGCACAGACGAUGGAAUGACAAACAUGAUUUUUUUUUUCA